AUGCCUCCUCUGGUUCUUCCUCGUCGUGAUAUUCCAUGGUGGUUUUCUGUUGAUUUUGGCACUGAGUCACUGUCAUUUGUUAUUGAUGAGCUGUUAUUGGCACAAGUCUCAGGCCUGAGUCAGUCGGUAGCAGCUCAGUCCAAGAAGCUCUGCCACUUUUCCAUUCGUUCCCCGACUAAGCCGGGCUUGCAGUUGAAAGCCGCGGCUUACGUAUUGCCGGAACUAGCAGGCAAUCUCCCUUCAUAUCCAAUUCUGCUAAGUGCGUUGCGAGAUUUGCCGAACCUGCCAUUAGCUGAUCCCACCUUCUAUGAGAGCUCGCAGAUAGAUGUCCUGAUCGGAGCCGAUAUCCUUCCCUCCAUCCUUCUGAGCGGUUCACAGACCGACAUUUGUGGCUCUCUCCUUGGGCAGGAAACGAUUUUCGGGUGGUUGCUUACUGGUCCGGUGCCCAGUGCCCCCCCGAACCGAAUCGCAUCUUUCUCCACACAAGUGUCCAACGUCCUCGAUGCUCCAUUAGACAAGCUCCUCACAAAGUUUUGGGAGGUGGAGGAUCUACCAACCAAGGCAACAAGCGGAAAAUACAUGGUAACCCUACCAUUCCGCGACCCGGGUCAUCUCGGGUCUGGCCUAGGGUAUUCAAGGUCCAUCGCACUAGCCCAGUUCUUAAGGAACGAGAAUCGGCUGAAGAGAGAUUCGCCGUUGCACGAACAGUACGUUUCCGUAAUCCAAGAAUACUCAGAUCUGGGCCACAUGACAGAGGUCCCUCCGAGCCACGACUCCAACAACUACUAUCUCCCUCACCACGCAGUAAUCAAACCCGAUAGCACUACAACGAAGCUUCGUGUGGUGUUUAACGCAUCCAGCCCAUCCGCGAACGGAACGAGCUUGAAUGACCUCCUUCACGCGGGCCCGGUCCUACAAUCCGAUUUGACCCUUCAGAUUCUGAAAUGGCGCUACUUCCGAUAUGCGUUCAACGCCGACAUCACCAAAAUGUACCGUCAGAUUUGGAUGGAUCCAGAACACACUCGUUUCCAGAGAAUAUUGUUUCGAAACGCAGAGGGGGAAAUUCGUGAUUACGAAUUGAAAACCGUCACCUUUGGCGUCAACUGCGCCCCCUUUCUCGCCAUUCGAGUCCUUCAACAGCUUUCCAACGACGUCCAAUCGCAAUUCCCCAGGGCUAGUCAUAUCAUUCGGCACUUUAUGUACGUCGACGAUGUCCUCGCCGGCGCUGACUCCACACAGGAGGCUCAGCUAGCCAUCCGCGAAUUACAGGCCGCCCUCAGUUCGGCAGGUUUUCCGCUACGAAAAUGGACAGCCAACCACAAGGACGUAUUGGCCGAGAUUCCGAGUGACCACCUCCUUCACACUGAUUUCCUGGAGAUUGACGCACAGAGCACGGCAAAGACCCUCGGCAUUCGCUGGAAAGCGACCUCCGACGAGUUCUUCUUUGUUCCUCCGGUGCUCUCGCUUGAGUCAUCCUACAGCAAGCGAGAAGUCCUCUCGCAGAUAGCGAAACUGUUUGAUCCUGCAGGGUGGCUGGCACCGUUCAUCGUCCGCUCCAAGAUCUUCAUGCAGGAAAUUUGGUUGCAGGAACUGGAGUGGGACGAGAACCUUCCCAACGAACUGUGUCAAUACUGGCAAGCCUUCCUGCGUAGCUACUCCUGUCUCACCAAGAUCCGUAUCCCAAGGUGGAUUGGUUCCCAGCCAUCCGUUAAGGUGGAGCACCAUGGGUUCUGUGAUGCCUCAGAAAAGGCUUACGGCGCCGCGAUUUAUGUUCGCGUUGAGAUGGGCCAGCGUAUCGACGUGCAUCUACUGGCAGCGAAGACACGAGUUGCGCCCGUAAAAACCGUAUCGCUUCCCCGGUUAGAGCUGUGCGGGGCCGUGCUUCUAGCCGAAAUGGCGACGGCUAUCCUGCCAAGUAUGCCGACGACAGGGUCUACCUGUUACUACUGGACAGAUUCCACAAUCGUUCUCGCCUGGUUGAACAAGCCUGCAUGCCAUUGGACCACCUUCGUGGCCAAUCGAGUGACGAAAAUCGCUCAAACCACCGAGACCCAAAAGUGGUCUCAUGUUCGCUCCGAGCACAACCCGGCGGAUUUAGCCAGUCGGGGGGUUCCUCUACAGGAUCUGGUUGACAACCAUCUCUGGUGGCAUGGGCCCUCGUGGUUACAGCAACCACGCUCUCAAUGGCCGCUCCAAGAUCAGGAAACCCCCGUCAUAGACCUCGAGCAGCGGGCUGUGAAAGUCCAUUUCACAACCAGCCCACCCGAAGACUUCCUCGAGCGAUUCUCCACGCUUGAAAAAGCUCUACGAGUCCGCGCCGGAGAAAUUAACCAGGCUGAACGAACUCUUAUCCUAGAAACUCAGCGCCGAGAAUAUUCUCAAGAGUAUCACUCCUUACGUGAGAAGCGUCCAGUGCCUCGAUCAAGUUCUAUCCUGAAUUUGAAUCCGUUUAUGGAUCAACAUGGGGUCAUACGCUCCUGCGGCCGUGUAUCUACGGCGCAAGGGCUGAAGUAUGACGAGCGACAUCCCAUAAUUCUUCCGUAUAACUGUCGUUUGUCGCGACUCCUCACGCAGUUCACACACCGGAUCACUCUUCACGGGGGCAGCCAAUUGAUGGUGCGACUUAUCCGAUCCAAGUAUUGGAUUCCACGGAUUCAGAAGCUGAUGAAGGGUGUCGUGAACUCUUGCAAAGUGUGCCUUAUCCACAAAAGGAAGUUGCAAACUCAACUGAUGGGGGAUCUCCCCAGGGAGCGAACUUCAUUCUCCCGACCUUUCACGCACACCGGAAUUGACUACGCCGGUCCCUUCGAAAUCCGCAACUACACAGGGCGGGCGUGCCUUAUUACCAAGGGGUAUGUGUGCGUGUUCGUGUGUUUCUCCACGAAGGCUAUUCAUUUGGAGCCUACGUCCGACCUCACCACCGAGAAAUUUCUCGCUGCCUUCGCGCGGUUCGUCGCGAGACGAGGCUGUCCACAGAGUAUCCACUCCGAUAACGGCAAGACCUUUGUGGGCGCAGCCACAGUACUGGCCCGUGAUUUCCUAGAAGCAUUUAAGGACUCUGUGAUUGAUGCGUAUAGUCACCAAAGGGUCUCGUGGAAAUUCAUCCCACCAGGGGCCCCACAUAUGGGGGGACUUUGGGAAGCCGGAGUGAAGAGCUUCAAAACCCUGUUCUAUAAGGCCACGUCCACUCGUAGAUACACCUUCGAGGAGCUCUCCACGCUUCUCUCGAAAAUAGAGGCGUGCCUUAAUUCCAGACCGCUCUCGCCUAUGUCCGAAGAUCCGACGGAGUUACUGGCCCUAACUCCCGGGCAUUUCCUUACGGGGGGACCCUUAAUGGCGACGGCGGAGCCAGAAGUUAAGGGUGACCUCACCUCGAUCAUAAAUCGAUGGCAACAUCUGAAGGCACUCAACCAACAGUUCUGUCGUAGGUGGAAAGAGGAAUACCUCAAGGAACUCCACAAGCGGACCAAAUGGCAAACGCCCACGCCCAAUCUGCAGAUUGGUGAUAUGGUCGUCGUCAAGGAAGACAACUUGCCGUCUAAUGAAUGGCGUCUCGGACGAAUCCAUUCCGUGUACCCCGGCGCCGACGAUCGGGUCCGUGUAGUCGACAUCCUCACUGCACGGGGGGUCCUCAAAAGGCCCGUCGCAAAGGUCGUUCUUCUGUCCGUAGAACCUCCUCGCUCCAUCCAACAUUAACGAAGAGCGUGCGCGUCCCCGCU